CUUGCGAACGUGUGCAUGCCAUCGCACUCGUUGCAGUGGUGACACAGUACUCGACUCGAAAUGACGGACUCCGCGAUCGACGGCUGCGAGAACGGCAAUUCGGUAUAAAUAUGAGACAACGGCGGUAGUAAACAUUUUUGAAAAAAUGAUUUUUACACUCGUUCAAAGCGAAAUGUCGAAAAAUUGAAUAUUGAUACCGAGUGCCGUGACCGUCAGCUAUUCAAUCACACGAAGUAUUUUUACCCGGCAUUGUUCCUGUGUACAUAGACUUCAACGAGCCGAGACUAGCGCAAUCCUCUGAAAUAUGACGGCAAUGGGCCCUGCAGCUUUGGUCAUGUACAACGUGUCCGACGAUGCGGAAUACUACGCCGAUCUGACCACUAUGGUCCAGCGGGAUGCUGCAGCGGAACUUGCAACCGUCUCGCCAGCGUCUCCCGGACGCCUAUUGUCCGUCGAUUACCCGUUCGCGAUCAGCAAACAGUCGACGCCGACUACUACGGCCGUCAUCGAUUAUGCGGUCAGAAACGUUUCUGUGGCUCUGUGCCAUCAGCCCUCCGGCAUACCAUCUGUCGACGAAUAUUUUACCGCUAUAAACCUGACGGGAGUGACGAUAUUUACGGUUGGUGCUGUAAUCGUGGUCAUGAUCCUGUAUCUGUAUGUGGACACUCUGAGGUGUAUCAUCAAAAAUGCGCCGCCCAUGGUUAAAACCCACUCUGCGUUCAUACUUAGCGUAUACCCGGUCGUCGCGGUGGCCACUUAUUGCGCAAUCCUGGUGCCUAGAGCUCACCUUCUGGCCGAAGCCAUGACUCAGGGCAUGUUCAUGGCUUCGAUGUAUCAGCUGUUCUGUCUGUUCAUGGCGUACUGCGGUGGAGAAGCCAAUCUCAUCGCUUCCGUAAAACCACAGUCGUUGGACAUGCAAGUGCCACCCUGUUGCUGUUGGCCGUGCUGCUGUUUUUUGCCUAAAUUCACGCUAACCAAGAAACAUUUAAGGCACCUGAGAAUGUUGGUGCUACAAUUGCCCGUAGUCCAAGGUUUUGUAUACAUGGUGUUGCUCGUCAUGUGGGCUGAAGAAGAGAGCUUGUACCAAGUCAACUACAUGUACAUGCAACCAUUCAUCGUGAUAUCCAUCAUAUGCGGCAUGUGGGGCAUCUCGAUGACCAUGAGAGUGCUCGGAGAAAUACUCAAGGAUCACGGCAUCCAAGGGAAAUUCGUGGUGCUCCAACUGGUGCUGGUAUUGGCCAAGUUACAGGGACUAGCGUUUAGAGGGAUAGUGUGGGCAGGAUGGUUACCCUGCAAGCCUCCAAUUUCACCCACCGUUUAUGCGAAUCUGAUAUACAACUCGACCAUGUUAUGGGAAAUGUUGGUGUUGGCCGCGUUGGCCAGGAAGCUCUACAAGAAACCGUUGCCGGACCAGUGUUUCGUCGAUCCUCCGAAGAUCACGUGCUGUGUGGAUUUGCCUAGCAACCAGGAAAACAACAACAUCAUAACCGGCACGUACAACCAGUGUUUCGACAUGAAUGCUUAGAAAAAUAUAUAAAGUCAUAUCGUUCCAGUUGGUGCACCAUGUACGCGGUGACCGCCAUGGGCAACUCUUUAUUGGUUUUUGACUUUGAUGACGACACACGCGUAUCUAUUCCACGCGUACCUAUAAAUACAUAAUAAUAUGUGAUAUUAUGUUAUAUGCAUAGGCGUGCCGAGUGCGCAAAGUUUAAUCGUAGCAGGGUAUGCUGCUUCCAAAAUUUGCUCCCUGAAAAUAUAAAUGCCCUAAAUAGUGAAAUACUCUUUUAACCUACCUUUGCCUUUAAAAUAUUUAUUAUUUAUUAGUAUUUAUUACUACAACUACUCGUACUUACGCUUUUUAUUUGAAAAUAAUAAUAGGUUUUACAAUAAACUACCGUCAUAGCGAAAAAAUGUAUAACUUAGUUGGUAGUUUUAAAUGUUUGUAAAUAUAUUUAUAUACUUUUCAUGUGUUGAGCGGGGUUUGAACCCCCACUCACCGUUUCUAUGGCCCUGUCUAUCCCAGCAGGGUACCAACCCUUAUGUGCAAGCGCAUACCCUGUGCAGUGUACACAAGCCUCGUCCGCAUGCCUAUGCCUAUAUUACAAGUAUUUAGUAUAUAGUAUAUUAUUGUAUUAUGCUAUGAGUGCUGAUUUCACGUCGCUUUACAUAGGCACUUCCUAUUCGAAAUAUCGAUUUACUAUAGUAUAAUUUAUUAUAGAUAGUAGUGCACGUGUACCAGUGUAAGAGCAACUCCGAUUUUUUCGUCGGAAAGUGAAAAGCACACACACAACAUUAGGUACCUAUAUUAUUAUACUCUGUAGCCGACUAAAGACGCGUUUUUAUACCUACUGUACAUUUUUUUUAUUUUUAAAUAUAUUUUUACGAAACGUUUUAUA